UGUUACCGCUGUCAUUGGACUCGAUCCACACACCCACACACACACAACUCUCCACUGCACCACUCAAGACACUCGCAGACAGCACACUUCUGCGCUCUUUCCAACAUCUAAUCCGCUGUUCAGAGAAGAGGCAGCAAUGACUGGCCAUCACUGGGGCUAUGGGGAGGACAACGGUCCAUCAGAAUGGUACAAAGAUUAUCCCAUUGCCGAGGGUAACCGCCAAUCACCUAUUGAUAUAGUCCCUGCAGAAGCUGUAUUUGAUGCCAGACUGUCUCCUAUCUCGCUGUCUUACAACAACUGUACCUCUGUCAGCAUAUCAAACAAUGGCCAUUCUGUGGUAGUGGAGUUCAUUGACUCAGAUGAGAGAUCAGUGAUCCGGGGAGGUCCUCUGGAAAACAUGUACAGGCUUAAACAGUUUCACUUCCACUGGGGAUGCAAGGGUUGCAGUGGCUCUGAGCAUACGGUUGGUGGGAAAACCUAUGCUUCUGAGCUUCAUCUGGUUCAUUGGAAUGCCAUAAAGUACAAGUCCUUUGGUGAGGCAGCAGCAGCACCUGAUGGCCUGGCUGUCCUUGGCAUCUUUCUGGAAAUAGGUGAUGAGCACAGUGCUCUUCAUCAGAUAACAGAUUCCUUGUAUAUGGUUAAAUUCAAGAGAAGUGUUGCUGAUUUUAAGGGCUUUAACCCAAAGUGCCUCCUGCCGAACAGUCUGGAGUACUGGACAUACCCAGGCUCUCUCACAACUCCUCCACUGUAUGAGAGCGUUACAUGGAUUGUGCUGAAAGAACCUAUUUAUGUGUCAGAUAAGCAGAUGGGAAAGUUCCGGAUGCUGAUGUUUAAUGGAGAGGAAGAAGAGGACCGAAAGCGCAUGGAGAACAACUACCGACCACCACAGCCACUGACAGGCAGGACAGUUCUGGCCUCUUUUAAGUAGCCUGGUUGCUUAUUGGUGACCUGAACUGCCUAGACCACCAAUUAUGAUCAACUAUAUUUCAAGGCUGUUCUAGAAUCGCCUCCGAGGUUGAAGCAUGAAUAAUAAGGGUGUGGGGUUUGUUCAAUCAUGUCACUCUCUGUCUGUUGCUUAAAGGUUUUGGCCAAUGACCUCAAACACAGUUUGACUUUGACAUUGAGCUCUUUGAAUCCGAGGCUCUACAUUUUUAGAUCCCUUCUCAUCCACCUUGAUCAGGCUUGUGCAAACAGAUCCUUUUUGCAGGUGGCUGAGAUAUUUGUUCUUUCAAAUGGUCCAAGCUGAUGGGGUCUGAUAAGCUGGCUGCCGUCUGCUUUCUCACUGCUAUAGGAAAGGGUCAGUAAUCCAGGAUCCUGAAAUUUAACCCGUUAGUCGCUACCAGAGGCUCUUGCUAACUUUUGAUAUAGGGCAUGUGUGGUGUUAUUUAAGCUUUUCAUAGUAAGGCUCAUGGUGCUUCCAGGAACAUAGUCCUGGAGGUGGCAGGAUGGCACUCCCAUUAACAGUGAAAGUUGCAUGAAUGCUUGGAAAUGCCUCAGUAAUGUAAGUAGAUAGCAUUUCUGUUUACCUGAUUGUUGUGACUCCAUGAAGUAAGUUUUUACAGAAUCUUUAUCAACACUGCUGCAGUCACUGUAGUGAAUGUUCCUGUGCCGUCAGUGUAGCCUUAUACAUGCUUUUACUGUAAUAGUAGGGUGAUGUUUGGAGGUUAAAAUGACUGAUGGAUUACACUGUGCAUACUUUAAAAACAGUUUCUAUUAUUGAUGUAAUUCCUAAUGGAAUCUAUGGCAUGGCUGUAGGAGCGUUACCGAAGAUCUCUAACAGGUCAGUGCCAUAUUAAGUCUCGACUCCUGGACAACAUCCAGCUGAAAUGGCAGGGAUUUUCUUUUGGGUGUAUUUGGUGG